CUCACCGGCAAUCUUGUCCUUUGCCUUUCAUUGUUGACAAAUCUUUGCAGAAACGUCCUUCACUUUUUUUCAGCUGAUCGUCAAAUCUGAUUCUCACGGAUCCACAGAGGUUUCAGUUUCUAUUUCAGCUCCAAAGCCGCCCUGAUAUUGCCCGUUUCUGAAUUCUAGGUGAGACACUCGCUAUCCAAAUGCAUAACGCUUAUUAUAGCUCAACUUUAGUGUCACUUAAAAGUAAAGGCUCGCUUUCGUUUUCAUUCAAUGACUACUCUAGCUUGUUAAAUGAAAGAUUUGAUAGAAUCCCAUUGACUUCGUCGUGUUCAAGCUGUUGUUGUUCUUGUUGUUGUUGUGCAUAUGCUUCACAUGAUAAUAGAGUGCCCACAAGCCCUGGCUUUUUAUAUGGGUUAAGACAGUCCACUUUUAUUCAAUGCGCACCUUCAAGAAGGUUGAUUUUGGGUAGUGGAAACCGAUUCUUUUAUCAGGCUCCGGUUUAUAAUGAAGGUAUUUAUAAAGUUUUGUGCUCUAUUAAAGAAUUAAAUGGUAGUAGAAGUGGUUUUGAUAGGAGAAGGAAGGGGAGAUUUAGCUGUACGGUUUUAGAAGAAAAUAUCCGAAGGUAUCGGUUAAGUGAGGUUGAUGAUGCUGAGGCAAUUAUUGAUUUAUUGAGUGAGGAAGUUAGUGAAGACUAUCUAGGUGGUAGAGGGAGAAAUGAAAGGUUACUUAGGAGAGUGGAAUUAGAGACGAGUGAAGAUUAUGGCAGUGAAUUUUAUAGGGGGAACAAGAAUAGAGUGGAAGUAGAGAAGAGAGGAACUUAUGGCGGUGAGUGUUCCCAAAGGAGAAUGAAAAAUGUUGGUUCAAAUUUGUUUAAGAAUGACAAGAAGUGUGAAUCUGAGUCUACCACAAUUGAGUUGAGGGAGGAAGAGUAUAGGGUGUGCAAAGAGAAGGAAGCUAUUACGAGAGAAGAGAACCGUAGAAGAAGGAACAAGAGUUCAAGCUGUUCUUCUUAUUACUCGUUUUCGUCUUCUGGGGAGUUUGGGAGUGAUGAGGAAGUUCAGGAUAAGGAAGGGCAAUAUAUGGAAGAGCCAUUUAGAGCACAAGUGGUGGAAGACCUUAAGAGGCAUAGCAGUGAAGAUGUAGGGCAUGAUGAAGUUCCAGAACAGAGAUAUAAAGCACCUGAGAGUCGUGUUGAUUGGGAUUGCAGAAAGAAAUCAGAGAAGAAACUUACUGAUGUAUCAGUUGCAGAAACACAAUCCAAAAAGGAAUCCUCACAAAUUCAUAUGGAAAUGGAUAGAAGAGAUGAAACUAAUUAUGGAAAGGCAUCUACAUCUUGUAAACAGUUUGACAAUAUGGACGAGAAAUCAACUUUGGCUGUUAAUGUGGACAAGGGAACAAGAAAGCUGAGUAACCAAAUGGGUACCCAAGACAGAGAACAGUAUGAAUCGAGAAACCAAUGGCAAGCUAUGGAAACAAAGAAGAUUCAUGCAAGUGAUUUUGAAAUGACUUCCCAAUCUCAAAAGCAAUUUAGUGGCAGAGAAGAAAACCUGACAAGGGAAGAAUAUCACCAAGCAGUUGGCCUUACUGCUAGAAACAGCAAAAUAAGGAGAAACUCUGACCUACUUACCAAAACUCCUGAAAUUCAAGGUGUUCAUACUGAAAAAAUUUCAAAUUCGCAGAGGCAUUCUGAGUCUAGAAUGAAUAUUUGGAAACAAGAAACAACUUUGGUUGAGAGCUCAGUUCAGGGAAGAAAAGAACAAUACCAACAAAAUAGUGAAAGGAUCACUGGACAAAAUAACUUGAGAACAAAGGCUGAAAAAAUUUCUAGAAUAUCGGAAACACAUGACACUAAUCAUACAAAGACCUCCAUUAUACAAUCUGAAGCUAGGUCAAAGAACCAGGAAGAAAAUUCAAGGUUGGUUUCCAUUUUACAUCCAGAAACAUCCUUGACUGAUCAUGAGCAUAAUCAGAGAACUCAAACCACAAAAGGAUCCAAAGAAGUCACCAGUGAAUCAGUGGUUCAUGCUGGUGACAUCAAAACGUAUACUGGGUCUCAAAAAAGUUCUGAAAGAAGGAUUGUUGACCAUGAAAGAAUUUUAAUUUCAGUGGUGAAACCAACAGGGACAGCAAGAGAGAGACAUAAUCAGAUAGAUGAAGGAGCUGCGCAAACAAAAUCAAGGAAAGAGGCGUACGAGCCUACUGGACCACAAAGUUCUCAUGAAUAUUCCUUGGCUAAGAAUUCUAGUUCGCAAGCAUCUUGGGAUUUGGUUUCACAAGCUGGAGUACAACAGUUUGAUGUUGAGGAGGUGGAGAGAAGUUCUCAAGCAAGAUUGAUCCCUCCCUCAUCUCAAUUGGUAGCUAGAGGUUCGUUGUAUGUUGAUCCAACCAGUGGGAUUGCAAUUGAAAAGGUUUCUGGCAAAUCCUCAGAAAGUGGCUCUAGUGGCUUGUAUACACAAUCAGAAGGCAGAAGUUCAUCAGUGCAUGAUGAGUCAUUUGUCACAGGUAGACAGGAGGAGACAUACGAAGAGCCUUUAAACUUCACCACCCAUGAAGGUGCUCUGGGUUCCAUGCACCGGUUAGAGGAAUCUUCCAUGCAGUUUGUUGGGGAGUUUGUUGAAAAGGCAAAGCUUGAAGUCUCAACUUCUGAAAUCCAAACAGAUAAGAACACUGCUGUGUCAAAGGUGGUGUCUGAAGCUGACAAGCAAUGGAAAAAGAAUUCAGGACAAUAUAGCUCUGAGGACCUUCAGUUGAAGGGUCGUGAAUCAAGGCGAUCAUCUGAGGGUUCUGGAGCGAAAGGGCCUUCUGAUGAGAUGUGGGAUAUGACUGACCCAUCUGCUCAACCUCUUCAGUCAGGAACACCAGAGGGCAGUAAAACAGCUGGGAAUGUCAUUGUGAAGAGAAGCGGCAGGUCCUUGUGGAAUAUCAUUGGAGACAUAGUCCGACUGCAGUGGGGUUCACACACUGAAACUCCUAGUGCUGCUGCAAGGUCAGAUGAAAAGAGUCCAUCUAUUGAGUCUGCUAGCAGUGAGACAUGGUUUUCUGGACUUGAAUAUGAUAAAAACAGUGAUGAGAAUGUGAGAAGGGAAAGAAGUAGCAUGCCACAGGCAGCGGCACCUUCUCAUCAGUUGCAGCCAGGGAAAACUUUUACUCAAAAUCAAGGAGAAACAUCUGACACAGUGGGAUCAAAGAACGAAGAAAGGCAUCAUGAAGCAGUGAUGCCAACUUCUUCGAGUACAUUAGAAGUUGGGUCCUCAUCGAGAGGUAGUUCCUCAGCCUUUGGAGAGGAACAUCUUGUCCAGAAAGGAGAUGGAAACACUGGUCAGGGAACCCCUUUUGGCAUGGAAGUGGAGCCAUCAUUAUCACGUUUACCUGCUAGAAGCACAAGAAGGUCUCCCAUUGUGGAAGAAAUUUCUGAAACUGGUAAAAUUGAUGAGACUAGAAGUAGCUACAUGGUACAGUUGGCACAACCUUUCAGUGCUAGGAUAACUGAAGUAUCGGGGUCUCCAGGGAAGGAUGGGGAAUUGAAACAAAGGAAGCUACAACGAAACAAGCAGGUAUUGAAAUAUAGAUUUGACGAAUGGGAAGAAGCUUAUAAGCUUGAAACUGAGCAGAAAAAAAUUGAUGAAAUGUUUAUGAGGGAAGCACUGUUAGAAGCCAAGAAGGCUGCUGAUACUUGGGAGGUGCCCGUUGGGGCAGUACUGGUUCAACAUGGGAAGAUUAUUGCUCGUGGAUGCAACCUAGUUGAGGAGUUAAGGGACUCCACUGCCCAUGCAGAAAUGAUAUGUAUUCGGGAGGCUUCAAAUGUACUUAGGACAUGGAGGCUCGCGGAGACUACACUUUAUGUAACUCUUGAACCAUGUGCCAUGUGUGCUGGAGCAAUACUUCAAGCCAGAAUCAGCACUCUUGUAUGGGGAGCUCCAAAUAAGCUUCUUGGAGCUGAUGGCAGCUGGGUUAGGCUUUUUCCUAAUGGGGAAGAUGGGUCUGAACCAUCAGACAAGCCUGCUGCUCCGGUCCAUCCAUUCCAUCCAAAAAUGACAAUCCGCCGAGGGGUACUGGCAUCAGAUUGUGCAGAGGCAAUGCAGCAAUUCUUUCAACUUAGAAGAAGGAAGAAGGAGAAGAAACCGGAACCUUUGCCUCCUCCCUCGUGUUUUCCCAUAGCAAACCAACCAACAAAAAUCCUUACUAAGAUGCAGCAUAUGUUCAACUUCGUGUUCUGUUUGUAGAAAGUAGAAUAUCACCCAUUCGCAAUACACUGUUUGAUAUCUGGUUUCUUUCAAAUGAAAUUGUGUGGAUGUUCUUCCAUAGACUGCAAAUUGUCAUUUGAAUUCAUGAUGAUAUUGGAAUAAUUGAGUGAUAACAUCGACAACCAA